AUUGACUUUGAAUCUCAUCUACUGCUGUGUUCUGCCUCAGACAGAGAAAUCUCUGUGAACUACCUACCAAGAUGUCGAAAGUCAAAAAGCCAGAGUUUGAUGAAGAAGCACGGAUCUUGGCUGAAAAAGUCUUCGCCCAUGAUGCUAAAAAUGAAGAUGAAAGAGAUGAGAUCUCGCCAUUCGAUAUGGCUGACAAUUGCCCAAUUGGACACCUUGAGAUGCAACACCAUUUAAUUGACAGGAAAGCAAAGGAAUCCACAAGCAAAAGGUUGAAAAUCAUCAUGAAAGCAAAGUCAAUCACUGUACCAAUUCCGGUUCUUGAGGACCCUGCAGUUACACAGCCCAAAGAAUCAGCUGAUCAGAUGGGGCUGCCUUCGUACACAGAUGUGCCAGAAUUUCAGAGAGUCGUCAUUUCUGGAGACUACGCAUCAGGGGUAACCGUGGAAGAUUUUGAACUUGCCUGCAAGGGCCUGUAUCAAGCUUUGACCAUUCGGGAGAAAUACAUGCGGCUAUCAUUUCAACGAUUCUGCAGGACCACUGCACGCUUCCUGCGGAACAUGGAAAAUGAGCAAUGGAAAGAGGAGAAUGAAGUGCACCCAAGUAAGGACAAGAACAUGGUUGACACACACAUCCACGCAGCAGCCUGCAUGAAUCAGAAGCAUCUCCUACGCUUCAUAAAGAAGUCCUCGUGCAUUGAUUCAGAUCGCAUUGUCUGGACUUCCAAAGACAAGAAGUUAACCUUGAAAGAGCUCUUUGAUAAGCUGAAGCUGAAUGCCUAUGAUCUGACGGUUGAUUCACUGGAUGUGCAUGCAGGUCGUCAGACUUUCCAACGUUUUGAUAAGUUUAAUGCCAAGUACAAUCCAGUGGGUGCCAGUGAACUCCGUGACCUUUACCUGAAGACAGAGAAUGCCAUUGAAGGAGAAUACUUUGCUCACAUCAUAAAGGAAGUGGCGUCAGAUUUGGAAGAUGCCAAGUACCAACAUGCAGAGCCACGUUUGUCCAUCUAUGGGCGGUCACCAGAUGAGUGGACUAAGCUGGCAACUUGGUUCAUCAAGCACAGGGUCUUCUCCCCCAAAAUGAGAUGGAUGAUUCAGAUCCCCAGAAUUUAUGAUAUUUUCAGAGCCCAAAACUUUAUCCCACACUUUGGAAAAAUGCUUGAAAACAUCUUCAUGCCAAUUUUUGAAGCAACGGUGAACCCUCAGGAUAAUAUCAAGCUCAGCAUCUUCCUGAAACACAUCACCGGGUUUGACAGUGUUGAUGAUGAGUCCAAACACAGUGGCCACAUGUUCUGCACAAAGAGCCCCAAACCGGAGGAAUGGAAUAUGCCGAAGAAUCCUUCAUACUCUUACUACCUCUGUUAUAUGUAUCUUAACAUCAUGGUCCUCAACAACAUCCGAAGGGAGAGAGGGUUAAACACUUUCUUGUUCCGUCCACACUGUGGCGAGGCUGGAGCUGUGACACAUCUACUUGCAGCCUUCAUGACAGCAGAUAACAUCUCCCACGGACUCAAUCUGAAAAAGAGCCCAGUGCUGCAGUACCUGUACUUUCUGACUCAGAUCCCCAUCGCCUUGUCUCCUCUCAGCAAUAACAGCCUGUUCCUGGAGUAUGCCAAGAAUCCACUUCCUGAGUUUCUGAGGAAAGGGCUGAUGGUCUCACUCUCCACUGAUGAUCCCAUGCAAUUCCAUUACACCAAGGAACCAUUGAUGGAGGAAUAUGCCAUUGCUGCUCAGGUCUUCAAGCUUAAUACCUGUGACAUCUGUGAGAUAGCACGGAACAGUGUCCUGCAGAGUAGCUUCUCUAAACAGGAGAAGGCUCACUUUCUGGGAUCUAACUACCAUCAGGAAGGCCCGGCAGGAAACCGCAUUCAGAAGACGAAUGUACCUCAGAUACGAAUGGCCUACCGCUACGAAACACUCUGCUACGAACUGAACCUGAUCAAGGAAGGAUUGAAAGAUCUGGAGUAA